AUGGAUCCUUUGAAGUAUUUAAUGGAAAAGCCUGUGCAAGAUAGGAAGACAGCCAAAUGGGUCUUGCUUUUGUCAAAAUUUGAUAUUAAGUAUGUAACUCAGAAAUCUGUAAAGGGGAGAGCAAUUGCUAAUCACUUAGUCCAUUGUUCACCAGAAGAGGCUGAAGAAAUCCAAGGAGACUUUCCAGAUAAAGAUAUCAUGGGGAUUAAAGUAGAAUCAUGGAAGAUGUACUUUGAUGGAGCAACAAAUCAAAAUGGAAGUGGAAUUGGAGUUCUCUUAAUUUCUCCAAAAGGGACACACAUCCCAUUUUUUGGUAGGCUUAACUUUCCUGCCACCAACAAUGCCACUAAAUAUGAAGCUUGUAUCAUGGGACUACAAGCAGCACUAGGCCUAGGGGUGAAAGGGUUGGAGGUGUAUGGAGACGCAGCCUUGAUCAUCUGCCAGAUUUAG